UCUGUAAUAGAGUUGUUCUGUUGACACAGGGCGUACCCAUAAGGGGUGAGACUGAUCCUCCCCUCCCUAGUGACACUGUCAUUCACCUUGUCACUCUCUCUUCUUCUUCUUUCUUGCUCACCCCAUGCUGCACUGCUGACAGUAGGACCCAUCGCAGGUGAUAUAGUUCCGCUGACCAAUUUCCAUUAUGGGUAAUAAGGUGGUAAGGGAUAACUUUGAAUGGGUGUAUACAGACCAACCGCAUUCGGACAGAAGGAAAGAAAUUUUGGCCAAAUACCCAGAGAUCAAGAAUUUGAUGGGACCAGACCCACAGCUUAAAUGGACUGUCUCCUGCAUGGUUCUUGUUCAGAUUCUUUGCUGUUAUCUUGUCAGUGAUAUCUCCUGGAAGUGGCUUUUCUUCUGGGCCUAUACCUUUGGAGGUGUGAUUAACCAUUCAUUGACUCUUGCUAUUCAUGACAUUUCUCACAACAUUGCUUUUGGUAACAAGUCAGCACGUUGGAAUCGGUAUUUUGGCAUGUUUGCUAACCUCCCUAUUGCAAUGCCCUACUCAACGUCCUUCAAGAAAUACCACAUUGACCACCACCGGUAUCUUGGGGGAGAUGGCCUGGAUGUGGAUAUCCCAACAGAUUUUGAGGGGCAUUUUUUCUGCACCCCCAUACGCAAAAUAAUUUGGCUCAUUAUACAACCACUCCUCUAUGUCUUACGCCCAUUAUAUGUUAAUCCUAAACCCAUAACUCAUAUGGAGAUUAUCAAUGCAAUUGUUCAGUUUUCUUUUGACUUUUUGAUCUACUCAUUGUGGGGAUUAAAGCCUAUCGUGUACUUACUGGGUGGAUCCAUUUUGUCAAUGGGUUUCCAUCCAAUAUCUGGACAUUUUAUUGCUGAGCACUACAUGUUUUUAAAGGGCUAUGAAACCUAUUCUUACUAUGGACCACUCAACCUCUUAACCUUCAAUGUUGGCUACCACAUGGAACAUCAUGAUUUUCCAAGUAUACCUGGCAGCAAGCUUCCAGAGGUCCGUAGAAUUGCUGCAGAGUACUAUGACAACCUGCCUUACCACACAUCAUGGGGACGUGUACUUUGGGAAUUUAUAUUCUGCAAGGAACUCGGACCUUUCUCCCGGGUGAAGAGGGAAUGUGAACUGGCCAAGAAGGACUAACAACUCAAAGGAUGAUGAACUAAUUUAUUUCUUUGUCAAUGCAAAUAUUCUGUAUGUAUUCUGUUUUAUAGACCUGAUGUGGCAUAGUGAAACCAUCCUGAGAACAUAGGGCUUUGUGUGUUCACCAUUCUGAGCUUCCCUGCACAUCUAUCACCACUAAAUGUCUAAAUGUACUGUAUAUUUUCCCAUGUAAUUAAGGAGGCCAUGAAGGUAUCAGAUGAUGACGUGAAGUGUUUAAAGCUCUUGGGCCAACUUCUAAUAGGACAGGCAGCAUUUUUAUGGACUGAGCCAGAAGACCAAUGAGGUUCAUGUGUCCAAACUGUUUUAGACAAUUCUCAGUCCAGAAAAUUUCUACCUCGAUUUUGUUGUGGCCAACUGGUGCACGUAGGAAGAACAUGGUAGUAACUACACUUUGUAAUGAUGUGAUGAGACACUGAAUGCAGUGUAGUUCCAGUAUUUGGUCCUCAAUACGAUGGUGUUUUUCAUGUGGAAUUUGAAAAUGUUUAUAUUAAAAUUUGCUACUAAUAUCAAGAAAGACAA